AUGUUCCCUGCACUUCUACCGGCCCAGCCUCACAUACUCGCUGGUGGCCCUCGCCGCUCUGCUGCCGGUGCUGGCCACAUGGACAUGUCGGGUCUUGAGGGCACCGUCUUGGGGGCACCGAAUGUUGGGCAUCGUGCUUCGCUUUUGCGUUGUUUUUUCAUGGUCUCUUGGGCUCUUGGGACUGGGGCAGGAAUGGAUGUCUUUACGCGCAAGACUGUGCAACGUGUUCCUUCCGUUGCGACUUGCGGCGCUGGGCCCUUGCGUACAACAGUUGGCACACCGAAAUGGAGGGGGGAGGGGCACCCAGAGGGCACCGGGAGGGCACACAGAGAGCCGCCCCCAGAGGAGAAUCGCCCCCGCGGAGGGAGGGGGCGGGGCAAAGAGGGCUCGCGCAGCCGCACAGUGCCUCAACUCACCCUUCAGAAUCGUGGUGACAUGUGUUUGCCAUGUGGUGCGCAGGUCACUCUGCUGGUGGCUUGGCUGUUGGGCGUGGUUUUCGGAAAUCUGAAUUAUGCGGCCACCACGGAGCCGUUCUCGCAGUAUGUGAACAUGGACGUGCUCCCAGAGGUGAGCCCAGCACAGUGGGACGGGGAGGCGGCUCUGUCCGUCGGCCGCGUGCACUUUGGCGCGGCCUCCACCGUGGAUGUGAGGCGGUCCAUGGCCUUCAAGAAUGUGGACACCUACUGUGUUGCCCCGGUGUCGGUGCAGCAAGAUGGCGUGGUGCUUCCACUGGAAGUCUACGACUUCUGGGCCAUUGGCAUGGACUGCUGCUCCGUGAACGCGGCUGACUUUCAUUGCGGUGAGGUGCGGAAUCCUUUGGCUCACAGUGGCCUCCGGUUGCUGGACGAAAGGCAACGCAGCUUCUACCGGCUGGCUGUGGAGCAGGCAGAGGCCGCCUACAGCCUCAAGGCGCGGCAUCCUGUCUUCUUCUACUGGGUGGAAGAUGCUACGGCAGAGAUGGACUCCUUCCGCAACGACGGAUACAAGUACUUUCUGAUCGGCAUGCUGAGUCACUUUGCCUGGCAGUCAUUGUGUGUGAUGUUGGCCGUCGCCGCGUUCUCCAAGUGGGGGUAUACAUAG